GGCAGCCCCUGCGGGCGCUGGCGCAGCCGGAGCCCGGCGGCUGCGGCGAGGGGAGCGGCGGGCGCGGCUGGCGGGGCUGUCCUGCGCUGCUGGAGAAGCAUUUAGUGAUGGCUGAGAGCUCAGCUGUGGCUGCAGCAGUGCCAGAGAGAGCAGCACCAACCAAGCUGGAGGAGCUCCUGGAGAUCACCGCUCAGAGCCUGGUGCGCGCCGAGGUGGCAGAGCACUACGAGGUUAUUCGGGAGCUGGGCAGGGGCAAGUAUGGCCAUGUGAUGCUCGUGACCCACAGACAGAGAGGGACUCCUAUGGCUCUCAAGCUGCUACCCAAAGCCAGCACCAAGCUGCACACCUUCCUGUAUGAGUACUGUGUAGCACUGUCCCUCGCCACCCACCCUGCCAUCAUCGGCAUGUUUGGAAUUGCCAUUGAGUCCAGCCAGUACUAUGGUUUCCUCUAUGAACCAGCGCUGCACAGAGACCUCAUCUCUAUCAUCAAACCUCGCGAUGGGAUCCCUGAGCUGGCCGCCAAGCAGUGUGCCAGGCAGCUGGUGAGCGCGCUGGAGUUCAUCCACAGCCGGGGCCUGGUGUACCGCGACAUCAAGCCUGAGAACGUGCUGCUCUUCGAUCCCGACUGCCGCCUCGUCAAGCUCACUGACUUCGGGCUCACGCGGCCCAAGGGCACCAAGCUCAAGCUGGUGGCCGGGGUGAUCCCCUACACUGCCCCCGAGCUGAGCAACGCUGCUGAUGCCCAGGGGGUGCCCAUCGACGCCAGUAUGGAUGCCUGGGCCUUCGGGGUGCUGCUCUUCUGCCUGCUGACCGGCUACUUCCCCUGGGAGCAGAGCCUGCCAGAGGACCCUUUCUUUGAGGACUUCAUGCAGUGGCAGCAGACAGGCCUGGAAAGGGACGUGCCCCGGCACUGGAAGCGGCUGACAGCCGAGGCUGCCGGGAUGCUGCGGAGCCUGCUGGCUCUGGAUCCCGCCAAGCGUGGCCCCGUCAGCGGGGUGCUGCGCUACGUCCACUGCCCUUGGCGGCUGCGGGAUGGGCGCGGUGAGGAGGCUGCUGUGAAGUCCUAGGGCCCGCUCCCCAUGGCAGGAGGGAAGGAGGGUCUCAGCCUGCGAGGGGCUUCAGGGUUUGGGCACCCUGGUGGCCUGGGUGUGAGAGGUCCUGACGACCCAGAGAGCAACUUCUCUGCAGCACUGUCCCUGCUGCCACGGAGUCAAGCUCCUUCCCCAGCCGAUGGUUCUCACCCCAGGGCUGCCCAGGGCCGCCUCCCUGUGGCUUGGAAACAUCUUUCUUUUGGAAAUGACUGUGUGUGAAGCAUCCACUUGUUUCCUGGCCACAGGAACUCCAGGGGGUUAUUUAGCCUGCAGCAUCUGCCAUGUCUCAAAAUAGAGCAAAAUAUGUACUUCUAUGUUUCUGUGUGUGGCUCGUUUUCCCUCAUAAUAAAUGCCUGUUGGGAUCCACUUGCUGUUGGAAAGCAGGGAGUAUGUCAGAACUUGCAGCUGUGUCAGGCCAUCUCGGAAUGCUGCCUGUGCCCGCUCCAGGUCCCCUGGAGGGUGGCUUUAGGCUGGUGGGGUGGAGGGGCUGGGGAGACCCCAGCACAUGGCCAUGGAUGAUGGCUGGGGAAUGGUUGUGGUGUUGAGGUUAUCUCAUGCCAGCCCAAACACAUCCCUUCCCUUGUACUGCCUUCAGCGCUAAGACAAUGUCCUUCAUGCUCUUUUAGAUGCCUGGUUAACCCUUAGAAGACCUUCCUUUUCCUCUUUCCUAUCACUUCUUUAACCCUUCCCUAGACACACACCUCUACUAGUAAUAUCCUCCUAGGUGCACAUUUUAAUCCUGAAAAGGAGCGGCAAAGAUGGAAUUAGGGGUUAGUAGCCCUUUUUACUUUUCUACCUCUUUUCAAUCCUCAGAAUUUUGCUGUUGAUAAUAAUCCCUUCCUGCACUUAACCUGUUUUUUUGCUGGAAACAUUCACGGGUCGUUUUCUACUCUCAGCAGCUUCAUAACUUCCAAAAAUGUAGUGUCCCAGCACAAUACUUUCUAGUGUCCCAGCUUUUUUUUCAUGUCAGACCCUCUCCUGCACACACACUUUCUUCUAUGCUUGCCCAACCUCCAGCUCUUUUUUUUCCAGCUUCUUCUCACCUACUGGCGUUUUAGCAUUAUUUAACUUCUCUAACACUACCCAUCACCUGGUAAACACUUUUUGCUCACUUCUCUCUCAGCAACAUCACCUCUGUACUACUAUUCUGUGCUGUCCCUGCUCCCUACAUCACUUAUGCCUUGAAUCUUCCUUCCAACUCCCCAGCCUACCUUACCAAACAGCAUUAUGCUCACACUGUCCAAAAUACAGUUUUCUUCUGCUUGCUUCCAUCUCUUAGAAUCUUUCGUUACUUG